CUCUUAAAGCGGAGGCUGAGCCGGGCCGGCUUAGGCGGAGAGCGCCGGUGGGAGCGGGCGAGGGUUAGAUAACUCACUCUGGGGGGAAAAGACCUACCGAGCCGGGCAGAACGUGCGGGGCGAGUCCGUGUGCACCUCGUGGAGACGCCGGGCCAUGGCCGUGUCCUCGAGGGCGCUGUGGCUGUUACGGAGCGCGGCCAGCGCUGGCCAAAGCUCGGGGGCUUGGCGAACCCCCGCUCGCGGUUCUCUGGCGCCCGGGACAUCCCCCGGCUCGGCGGCCGCCUGGAGGGAAUUGAGAUCAUCAGAGGGAGGCCACCAUCUCUUCUGUACUGCUGCUUCUCAGAAUAUCACCUACAAAGAACUGAAAAAAUUGCUGCAUUCCAAAUCCAAAUCCAAUUUCUUGAUUGAUGUUAGAGAGCCAUGGGAAAUUCUACAAUGUGGACAAAUCCCAGGGUCUCUAAAUAUACCAUUGGGUGAAAUAGAUCAGGCUCUACAAAUGAAUUCAGAAGACUUCAAAGAGAAGUACAAUCAAGAUAUGCCUUCUAAGUCUGACAACCUGGUGUUUUGUUGUCUAGGAGGAGUGAGAAGCAAGAAAGCUCUAAGUACCGCCUUAUUAUUGGGUUAUGAAAGUGCUCGGCACUAUCCUGGAGGUUGGAAAGAAUGGGAAAGCUAUGAAUAUCCAGAGAAGAAAAAAUGACACGACAAUGAAUUUUGAAAUCCCAAUUAACUGUUUUGAAAAUUAUUUUACAGGUAAAUUAUGUUAUAUAGAUCUGGGUAUUCUAGUUCUAAUUGUGUAACCUGAGAAAAUUCACUUUAUCUUCUUUGAUCCAACAUCUUGGUUUGUAAAAUAUGUAUUAUGAUAUUUUCUGUAAUUCCUUGAGGUUGUUAUAAACAUCAGCCAAGAUAAUUUAUGAAAGACCUAAUGAAUUGUAGAUGUAUAAUAGUAAAAGUAAUUCCACUUAUACAUUUUAAGAACUUAAAACAAAUAUUGUCUUUUUCAAAACUGAAUUUGAACUUUUGGAAGAGGAAAAAGGGAGAAUUAAUAAAGAAGUAAACUUUCUACUUCAGCUUUAAGGUCAUUUGUCAAAAAGAGAUCAAUGUGCAGAGAAAAGGUUUAACAUAAUUAGCUAGUUAUUCUGAAAUGGAGAUUUAACAAAUUAAAAGCAACUUUCAUAUCCAUGACAUUUUGUGAUAAAUUUUUGACUAAUAAACUUCUGUAUAAUGUUUGUGUGCCAAUGAGACCUAAUUUGGGCAUGUCCCUUUCAUUGCAGCCAUUUGGAGAUUUAAUGGGUUUUCUCCUAAAAUAUCAGACAGACUAAUAAAUGUUUAAAGCAGAAAGCCCUUA